UUUACAUCUCUCUGUCCGUCAGAGGAACGAUAUUUCUGUGGAGAGAGAAGAACACUGAAUGUACUAUUGAGGGAUUUUUACUCUGUAGAGCGAGAGGGGGAGAGAGCGAUGUAUUGCAAUUCUGUACGCUAAGAAGGAGAUAAAGACUCUCCGAUGAUGGUAUUGAGUCACGAAAGAAAGCAAGCAUCUAAUUAAAGGACGUCCAAACACCUCUUGUUAGGCACAUUCAUUCAUUCAUUCAUUCAUUCAUUCAUUCAUUGGUAAACUUUUCAUCGUAUCACACAGCAUUUUUCUGCCCUCCCCAUUCUUCACACUCCCCUUGUAUAUUUUCUUGCAUUGUUUGUUCUCCGUGUGAGUCUACUCAUGAUAAACAACAACAAACUUCUGAAAUGAUUACUUGAUCAUGUACUCCGCUUGUGCUCUACUUCUAGAUUGCAUGUUGUGUACCAAAAUGAAAAUGGAUUUUGAUUUCUCCAGCUGUACUUUACCCCUUCAAUAGUUUUCUCCUGAUUCAAAAAAGCCAUCAAAGCCUGAAAAUGAAGGGUGACAUUGAUCCUGCUGUUCUGGUUGCGUUCAUUUUGACGUUUCUCACGAUGGCCGUGUUGGUCGGAUUCGAUAUCUACUCCACCCUCACUUCAGAUGGCCUAGAGGGCUUCAUAGAACAGAAGAUCUAUCACAGCCGGAUCGGACACUACCUGGGCGCAGGAAGAAUGCAUGCGAUGUAUUUGUUUUUUAUCUGAUCUUCUGUCUGAUAGAUAGUCUCCUGAAAUGAAUGGUGGGUGAUGAUGACAUAAGUACACUGCCAAGCGAUGUUUCAACAAGAAAACUGGAACAAUUUAGAAGAACUUCGCCAGUGGCAAUAAUCACAAGAAAAACUCUACAUUUAAUGCUUCUUUCUACAUUCAACAGGACCGCUCAAGUUGUGAUUAAAGACCUGCAACGUGAAAACGCUGCGCUGUCGAAAGGCGCGGACGGCAAGAGUCGAGGCAACGUCCACGUUAGCGCGAAAGGAGUGGUUGGCAAAGGUGGGAAAGUCAGACUCAAAGGCGGCGCCAAAGAAGGCUAUGGUGCGGGUAUUGCCACAAGGAGUAUAGGCAAAGCCAUGAAAGGGGACAUGCUGGCUGCGGCGAAAGGUCUUUCCGUGAACCCGCUUGUAGCACAAAAAGGUUUGAAGAAAGGAGGAGGAAAGGGAGGAUCCUUUAAAGGAACAAUAAAGCCUAUGGGGAAGGGAAUGUUUAUGUGGUGAACAUUUGCGACCACGCAUAGAAAUUGACUGCCUUUCGAAGAAUCUACUGCAUGAACGCAUUAUCGUGCUGCUAUGCUUAGUACUACGAAUAAAUCUUUACGUUUUCAUUACACCGAUAGUGAUUUGCGUCGAAGGACGAACCGGUAAGAACGUGAUGAUAGGGUGAGUAUAUCUGCUUACAGCGACAUGAACCGAGCUUUCUUUACAUCCCCUCGUCAUGCAACACAUAAUGAUUAAUAAAACCCAU